GAUGACGUCGUCACGGGGACGGUUGGUGCUGGUGUGACACAGACUCAGUGAAGAAAAGAAAUGGCGAUGCUCGGAGGUUUUAGCGCAGCACAACACAAAAAGAACGUCUCUGACGGGAGCGGCGACGUGUCCGAAUUCGUUUGUCCUGUUUGCCUCGAAAUUUUCGAGAGUCCAGUAACACCACAAUGUGGACAUACGUUCUGCCAGAGUUGUUUGCAGGAAUGUCUGCGUCCACAGAAGCCUGUGUGUGCUGUAUGCCGAGCCACUCUGGGCCACUGUACUAAAGCUGCUGAACUUGAGGCUCUCAUUCAAUCUUCUGUGGCAGCCUGUAAGGGAUGUGGAGUGCAGGUGGCCCUUUCUAAGAUGAGAAGCCACACAGCUGCCUGUUCAAAUACCAAGAAUACAUUGAGGAGGGAGUUGAGGACAACUGCACAGAGCCAGCCUGCCAUUGUCAGUCCAGUGCCAAAUCGCUACACCUUCACCUGCCCCUACUGCAACUGCCAGAACCUCGACCAGGACGGCCUGGUUGAACAUUGCACUACCCAGCAUGCUCGAGAUGCACGCCAAGUAGUGUGCCCCAUCUGUGCCUCGAUGCCUUGGGGGGAUCCUAAUUACAGAAGUACUGACUUCUUCCAGCACCUGAAGAUCAGACACACUUUCUCAUAUGAUACAUUUGUUGACUACUCCACAGAUGAGCACACAAUGAUUCAGGAGGCUUUACAGCGCUCCCUUAUGGACCACUGAAGUGUGAAAAACAAUCCACCUGGUGGAGGGAAUCCAGAGAAAUGAAGGGAUGAUGGUCUUGAAAAGACAGAAACACACAGUGUCAUCAUUCAUCUAUAAUGAGGAUGGUGGUACUGACUUAUUAUGGGUAAUUAUUUUCAUAGGGAACUGGUAUCGUAACUAUGAAUAUAUAGGUUUAUUAUUCUGAAAAUAAUGCAAUAUGGUUUAAAAAAAAAAAAAAAACAUACACCCUGUACUGUUUGAUUUAGCAGUAAUACUGUGUUUCUGGUGUGAUCACUUACCACCCCACGACCCCCACCCCAGCUGAGUCUGUAGACUGGAUAGUUUGUUAAGUAUCUGCUAAACUAUGUUUGUUAGGCUGUUUGUUUAUUAAUGACAUGGUGUCAUCUAGCAAAAAAACUUCCAAACUUGUGAUUAAAAAUUCUCCAUUGUCAAUACUUGAUGUUAUGAGAGGGUGUAACCACUAGGUGGCUGCCUGUUGCCAGCAGACAACAAACUUCACUCAGUGAAGUCAUCAAGUAACAGAAAUGUAUAUUAUUCUACCUGAGUGACUGCAUGUUUAUGCAAAAGGUGAAAGGAUUUUUUUUUUUUUUUUGAUUGAGGCAUUCAGCAGAUGGAAGCUCUGUCUUUUCAAUGCUGUCUUUGAUUGCCGUGUGUGUGUGUGUGUGUGUGUGUGUGUGUGUGUGUUAGAGCAUGGGUGUGUUCAUGCUGUUUUCACAAAUCUACUGGUAAGAAUAAAUGAGGGUCAACCACACACAGAGAUGGCAAUUUUUGCUUCAUUGUAAUGCUACUCCCUUAUCUCUUUGUGCCUGCUGGUAGAUCUUGUUUCAGACUUCCAGAAUUCAUAGGGCUAAUAGUUCAUCUACUGAAUCUACAGAUGCAAAUAGGAGAAAAACAGAGGGGGGAAAAAAAAAAUCAGCGUGUUUGGGUCCAUUUGGUCAUUUUCAUUUGGUUGCAUGUUUCUCUGCCACAAGAGGGCAGUAGAGUUCUACCUUUCUUUGAUAACAUGACAACAGCGGGAUCUAAUUGAAGACAGAUUCAUUGUAUAAAUGUUCUUUACCCAGUGCUUUGUUCUCCACUUUGGUUUGGUUUAAAUACAGCAUACAAAAUCUCA